AUGUCCACCUCACUUCCUCCCGACACCGACCCCCAACCUCCUACAGACCCCUCCACUGUUUCUACGCCAGCUCCUCCCUUCUCAACAAAUCUACGUACCAUUUCAGACCCAACUCCUGAAGUGUCUCAUCCUCUAAGCGCUCUCAAUGCCGCCCGUCGACCUCCCGCUGCCGCCUUCUCUCCAUCAUCUCCAGUUGUCCCUACCACUUCUACAACGACAAAGGCAGAACUUCCUAAAGAUGCAAAAGAUAUGCAAGCAAUUCUCAAGGCAUUCCACCAGAAACGUCAGCACUCGAUGACUGGUUCGAAUGCUCCCACACUAGCCACGGCUUCACCAGGUGGUGCUUUCAUCGGCGGAGCAUUUAACCCCACCGCCUCUCCCCGCUUAAAUCGGCCCAAUGCUCCGACGUGGCAGUCUUCACCGGUAGCAGGCGCCGCACCGACGCCACCAAGACAAUCUCUCGGCUUCCGUCGAGGCCUCAAGCUCCCCGGUGGCCUUCCAGGUGCCGCUCCGAACCCAGUUACGGGCAGCGGCCCUGCAACUACCACAAACGGCGGCACCGACCCCGCUACUGGCUCUCUCUUCAACAAAUUUUCAAACUACGUCGAUACUGCUACUGGAUCUCUAAAAUUCGCUGGAAAAGCCGUAAUACACGGCAAGGGUGUCGAUUUUUCCUCGGGAAGUACAUUUCGUAUCUCGCUAGACGAACUGGAGUCUCUCGACGAAUUGGGCAAGGGAAACUACGGCACUGUCUACAAAGUCAUCCAUCGGAAACCCAAAGUUCGGGUCGCUGGCGCUGGCGUCGCCCCGGCUUUAUCUUUAAAAACCUCCUCUGCAUUACCCGAUGGCGAGAAUUCGGAGUCCAGAGACGAUAAACAGCUCAGUGGAGUUGUGAUGGCCAUGAAGGAGAUACGGCUUGAGCUCGAUGAAGCCAAAUUUGCGGCAAUUAUCAUGGAAUUGGACAUUCUCCACCGCUGUGUUAGUCCUUAUAUUAUCGACUUUUAUGGGGCAUUCUUCCAGGAAGGUGCCGUUUAUAUUUGUAUAGAAUGGAUGGACGGCGGGUCGAUGGACAAACUUUAUGGUGAUGGAGUUCCCGAACAUGUCCUGAAAAAGGUAACAUGGGCCACAGUAAUGGGUCUUAAAUACCUAAAGGAAGAACACAACAUCAUUCAUCGAGAUGUAAAGCCGACGAAUAUACUGGUUAAUACCAAGGGUGAUGUGAAGCUGUGCGAUUUCGGGGUCAGCGGGAACCUGGUGGCGAGUAUCGCCAAAACGAAUAUCGGGUGUCAGAGUUAUAUGGCUCCCGAAAGAAUUGCAACAGGGGCGAAUGGGAACACAGGUGGAGGGAUUGGUAAUAAAGAUGGCACGUAUAGUGUCCAGAGCGAUAUUUGGAGUUUGGGGUUGAGUAUUCUAGAAUGCGCGAUGGGAAGGUAUCCGUACCCGCCGGAGACGUAUAAUAAUAUAUUUAGUCAAUUGAGUGCAAUUGUGGACGGCCCGCCACCAGACCUGCCCGAUGAAGGGUUCUCGCCUCAGGCUAGAGAUUUCGUGAGGCGGACGCUGCAUAAAGUACCCAAGAUGCGACCGACAUAUGCCGCUCUACUGCAACAUCCAUGGUUGUCGGAUAUGCAAUCAACUCAGACAAUAACUGAGGAAGAAGAACCUGAGGAAGGUGAGGAAGUAGCGAAUGUGGAGCCGCAGCAACCGGCUACACCGGUGACAAGCGGGUUCCCAGAGGUGAGAGAGUGGGUUAUUAAUCAGUUGAAGAAGAGAGAAGAGAAAUUGAGAGAAGGGGGUAGGUGGGGAGGGGCCAAGCCUGCUUUACACAGUGUGGCGUUGGAUAAGGUCGUGAGUCCCGUGAGGGAGACACCGAGGGAUGACGAAAUCGUAGAUGGGUUUGGAGGGUUGACGGUGAAUUCAUAG